UCCGGAAACUACCGAACAGCUGCGGAGAAAUCAAUACCGCUAGACUUGAAAAGCUCUGGUGAUCCGACAGAGUAAAAAAUCCAGUAAAAAAGUUGUUCACCGGGUGAAAGAGGUACAGUUGUGGUGCUCCAGCACCGAGACAGGGCAUCAGUACCAAUUGCCACUGAGUUAGCGAAAAAAAAAAGCCGGCAAUGGUGCCCUGAGUACUCCUCUCUCAUCGACGAUAAGUGCGAAGCUUAAUAAAUCUCGGUGAAAAUGGAUGAAAACCUCAGUCGGGGUUACGUGCAGCUGGGGAAGGCAAGGGGUAUGAACGAGUUCAAGUUCAACAAUGGCCUCAAUCAUCUCACACCCCCAGUUGAUCGUUGUGGACUUAUUUAUCUCUCACUUAUACUUGCCGGUGUGGGAUUUCUUUUACCUUACAACAGUUUCAUUAGUGCUGUCGACUACUUUCAAACUCGUUACCCCGGCACGACAAUUGUAUUUGACAUGUCCGUUGUCUACAUAACAAUGGCAUUUUUCGCGGUUUGCGCUAAUAAUAUUCUGGUAGAGACUGUUUCCCUCAAUACAAGAAUAACUUUCGGAUAUUUGGUGUCUGUUGUGACUCUGAAUUUUGUCCUCAUCUCGGAGAUCUGGUGGGAAUUCUUCGGGGUCACAUCCUCGUACACUAUCAAUCUGGUUGCUGUAGCUAUCGUAUCGGUUGGCUGCACAGUGCAGCAAUCGAGCUUUUAUGGGUACACAUCCAUGCUACCGAGUAGAUAUACACAAGCCGUGAUGACUGGAGAAAGUGCUGCUGGUUUUUGGGUGUCGAUAAAUCGAAUAUUAACAAAAUCGAUGGUGGACGACGAGCGUGAAAAUACAUCGAUGUUCUUCGCGCUGUCGAUUAUGACGAUAUGCCUGUGCUCUCUCCUGCACAGGGUCCUGAGGAGGACAGAAUUCGUGCGGUUCUACGUGAACCUCUGCCAAGAGCGUAAUAAAAUUACCCUGGAACCCACCGAGGAUGUCGGACUAAUGGACCCACUGGACCAGAUCGGGGACCCCUCCAGAGGUCAAUACGGAGUUCUCAAGCUACAGACAAGUCCCUUGGGACCUGAAGCCAAUUCUGACGGCAGUGGGGUUCAGUACUCGGCCUUUUCCUUCAGCAAUCCCGUUUACGAACCCAAUGCACCUUCUGGAAAUGGUCCAGGAAGUGCUGGGCCCACCUACAAGGUUGAGGAUGUCGUUGUGAUGAAGGGGACUUAUGGGGGACAGGGGAGCAAGCCCUGGUCGGGGAUCAAACGAGGACUCCUGGCAAGGCUGGAGGUUGCAAAACUGAUUUUUCCGUACAUGGGAAGCAUCGGUAUUGCCUAUUUUGUAACCCUGAGCCUCUACCCGGGUAUAGUCUCAGAGAUAAUCUCCUGCAAAUUCGAGUCCUGGAUGCCAGUCAUCCUGAUGGCGACAUUCAACGGUGCAGAUCUCCUCGGAAAGAUGCUUGCAUCGAUUUCCUACGAUUGGACAAGGAGUCAGCUGCUGUAUUUCUCCCUAGCCCGAAUUUUUCUCAUCCCGUUGUUCCUGCUGUGUGCAAUACCCAGAGACAAUCCCAUUCUGUCGGCUGAGGGAUACCCAGUGCUGUUCUCCUGGCUCCUGGGAUUGACCAAUGGAAUAGUGGGAAGUGUUCCCAUGAUCCAGGCGCCGAGUAAAGUCCCUGAGGAGCACAGAGAACUCACUGGUAAUAUCAUGACUCUAUCGUAUACCACUGGUCUUACCCUGGGAUCUCUCCUCGCUUACGUUUUGGACGCCCUCCUGGGGCCACCCAUGACCACCAAACAGCUUUGCCCAAAGGCACCAGCUGCCACUGUCAUCGGGAAUUCCACUAUCACUGUUGUGACAAUGAUUGCGAAUACCACUCAAGCCACUGUGAAAAAAAUUACGAAAAUUCCCAGCCUCAGGAGCACUGCAACCACUGCAUUGACUACUAUUUUUACAACCUCAGUCGUUGCUAACACGACUGUCGGUUUAUUCGAGACUGUUGCCUUCAAUUCCACAACAGCGAUGCCUCUGGUAUUCGCUAAUGCAUCCUCCACCAUCAGCAAUGCUAUUCUUCAGCAUUAGGAAGUGUUUUCGUAGUUUUUACGUAGGUCUUUCGUUCUCUCAGAUGUUGGGGAAUUUUUUUACAUUACUUCCAGUACAAAACACACAUAUCUGAGGUUUUCGUGAAUUUUUCGGGGUUCUAUUUCAAAUAUUUUCGAGGGAGGCUUGAGGGGCACGUGUGAAAAAUUUAAUUGAAAAAUCUUGACGGGAAUUCUAUUGAAUUAUCUUGUCAGGAGGAGGAAUUAGUUGAACGAGAAUUAAAUGUUUGACUGGAUUAGAAUUAGCCAAGUUGAGGAUAUCUAAGUUCUUUUUACGGUUUCAUCGAUUUUAAAAAGUGCGUGAAUCUUUUUCUAAAAUAGACUAUCCAUCUUUUUAAACUUUUUAAAAUAUUUCCAGAUAGAUUAAAACAGAGAAGUAGAUGUAGAUCUUAGCAGUUUUAAUGAUAAAUGAGUUUUUUAAUCGUUUUGGAAUGAUUUUAAUAAGAUCGCUUGGGGAAAUCACUUGGAUAUCCUCAAAGAAUUUGGAGCGGCAAUUUUUUGAAUGAGCAAAUUUUCCACUGAAUAUCCUCGAUGUCCUCAUCAUUUUUCCCACUUGUAUCUUCCGUAGAAAUUUAUAUCAUCCGUCGAAUUAAAAUAAUUUCCCUCAGUUAUGUCGUGAUUAAAACGAGAUCUAGUCAACUCUGGGAAAUAUUAUUUUUUUAAUAAUAAAUAAAACAAUAAUAAUUACAAGGCUAAUGUAUUCAUCGAUUCGGUAAAAAGAGAAAAAAAAACACGAAUGUAUUUUCGAAAUUCGAAAUAUGAGAGGUACGUUUCAAUGAGGACAAAUAAAUUGCCAAUUAAGUCGUUAUUGCGAGUUAUUAAUCUUUGAAAUAAAAAUUACACGUUUAAAAUGCGUAAAUAAUUAUUAUUGUACGUAUAAAAAUGGAAUAACACAAAUGAAGAUGAAUCAAAAGCAUUGGAUUAAAUAAAAGAAUAAAAACACGCAAGAAAUUAAAAUAAUAUCGAGAGUAUUCUCAAAAAUUCUGAGAGAGUGGUAUGUAACAUUGUGAGUUGCACUUCCGCAUUAUGUUGAUAAUUACAAUGUACUUGUUAAUAACGUCCUAAGUUCGUGAUAUGCGUAUUCUUUAUCGACAGCCUGCGGCCAUCGGUAUGUACAAAUAAAAUAAAUCUAUGAUGAUUCAUUUAAUUGAAGAAUAUUUUCGUUAUUGCUGCACUGAGAGGGAAAUUAAUUUUUCCCAAUCGAAUCGUUUGAAAUUCAAGUGUCAUUGCGGUAUCGAUUUGAAAAAAUUCCAGACAUUUUUUUUUUCUCAGCUUGUCCUGAGUAUUUCGUCACACUGGGUUAACGAUUUUUUGGAUUUGGAAUUGGAGGAGUUUUUCAGCGCUUUCAUUUAUUUUAUCACAGUC